UUUGAUUUUGAUUCUGAAGUUGCGAUUUUAUUAUAUUAGCAUUUUAUUAUAAUUAUAAAACUAAAUGUCUUUUCACUAUCCACGAAGAGUAAAAGAUUUGCCAGCUUUAGAGCCUGAUUCAGAAGAAGAAGAUGUGACCAAUGAAAAGAAAAAUGAUUUACCACAACUUGAUUCUGCCGGUACAUCCACGAAGAGUUUUGGUGCUUUUAGUAAUAUGCGGAUGUUUCCCAAGCGAAGUUCAGAAUUACCAACACUUGAUUCAGAUGAGUCCGAAGAGGAGGAAAACCCUAAAACUGAUAAUUUAAAUUGCGCUAUUUUAAAUGAUUCUUUCAUUAUGAGUCCUGCGGAUAACUCUGUAUUGAAAACUCCUGGUCCACCAUCUGCUUCAAAGAAAAAACGCCCUGCUACUAAUCUUUCAUUUCUCUCAGAUUUCAAUAAAAUGGCUCUUAAUUCAGAGGACAAAGAAAACAAAAAUGAGGAGUCAAUAUCUGUUGUGGUGGAAAAUAUACAACCCAGUGCCGCAAGUACAGCAAGAAAAGCACAUAUAAACCGCGUUCUAACAUGUCCGCUGCAAAGUAUACAAGAAGAUAAAGUAGCGAAUGACAAUAAUAUGGAUGAAACAAAUCAUAAUAAUGAAGAAAAGGUUGUGGGCGGCGUACUUCAAAGAUUUCAUUCUGACCCUACACCUCAGUCAAACAAUAAGCAUAUUAAUGUAGAAACGCCUCUUCGACAAAGCAGUAAUACUGCGCUCAGCUCUACGUCAAAUCCCAUAGUAGCUGGUACAAAUAGCCAUAUUCAGGACUCGCAAUUCGCAACACCACAAAUACGUUCAUUUUCAGUGCAGCGAAGGCCACGAGGAUUGUGUUCAACUCAAUCACAAAAGGAACGUACAGCGAUUGCAAAUGAGUUCCGCUCUCAGAAAGUUCUAUUUCAAACACCUAUGGCUAUUACACGUGCUCCCGUAGUAUGUUUACCCAAUGAUAGUAUUACAUUAUCACUUUGUGAUUCUAUAAAUGGGGCUGGAAAUACAAGUAAUACUGCAGAAAAAAUUCACCAAGACAUUGAGCGAGACCCAGAAGAGAGGCAGAAUGUCAAAGUUAAGUCGAAAAAAUCAUUGGAUAGCGCUUUUGCAACAACCGACAAUGCAGAAGAAAAAAAUCAAAAUGAAGAACAGCAAACUAACCAACUCUCUGAUAAAAGCUCAUCAUCAAGUGAGAAAGAUAGUAUUUUGCAUAUCAACAAUGUCGACUACACAAUUAUUAAAAAAAUUGGUUGUGGAGGCUCCAGUUCUGUAUAUUUGGCACAGAAAAAUUCAGAUAAAAAUGAAUGCGCUUUAAAGGUGGUAGAUCUCCGCGGAGACCCAGUUGUAGUGGAAGGGUAUUUAAAUGAAACAAAACUAUUGGCAAAACUUCAAGGCAAUGUUUGUGUGGUAGCACUUUAUGAUUAUCAACUUUUGCGAAAAGAAUCACGUCUUUUUCUUGUUAUGGAAAAAGGAGACUCAGAUCUGCAUAAAAUUUUGCAGACAUACACUACAAAUCUACCACUAUAUGUACUUAUGAAUUUUUGGUAUCAAAUGUUGCAAGCAGUUAAUUACAUACACCAAAAUGGUGUCAUUCAUUCUGAUCUUAAACCGGCUAAUUUUCUGAUGAUAAAUGGUCGUUUGAAAUUGAUUGAUUUUGGCAUUGCCAGUAACAUAGCAUUAGAUUCAACGAGUAUAAUAAAAUUUUCUCAAGCCGGUACUUUCAACUACAUUAGCCCUGAAGCACUUACCGAUACAUCAACAGGUUCAAGUCCAAUGCGCAGUAAUCAGCCAAAGAUAAAGAUAUCAACUAAAUCGGACGUUUGGUCGCUGGGAUGCAUCUUAUACUUACUACUUUAUAAACGUACACCAUUUUCGCAUAUUAAGAAUAUAUAUGCCAAGAUUAAUGCAAUCACCAGUCCGACAACAGCUAUUGAGUAUCCAAUGAUUCCGUUAUAUUAUCCAGCAAUGCUUGUGCACAUGGCAAAAAAUUGUCUUCAACACAAUCCGAAGAAACGUCCCUCUUGUGCUGAACUGCUGCAGUAUCCAUUUAAUAUGGUUAUACCGAUACAAAAUUUAGCGGUACCCUCCACAACUAAAGAUAAAAAUUAAUUGAAUUUUUUAAAUAGUUGUUAAUGUUAAUUGUAUGAAUGCAUAUUUAAUUUAUAGUUUUUAUAUAACCUUAAUUGUUUAGGGCACAAACCAGUACCCGAUACGCAUUUUUACUUUCUUGUAACUACGUAAGCAAAUAGAAAAACUAAUAAUUUUUUAAAUAUAAAUUAUUAAUAACUUCAAAAAAGUAUUAACUAUUUUAUAAAUUUCAUCAUAAAACCUAAGAAGUUUCAAAAUGUUCUGCAUUACCAUAGGUUUUCUAUUACAGAUAAAAAAAAACAUUUUUAAAACCAAUU